CAGCAGCACCAUUUCAGAUGGAUCUCCUGUAACUCAUUUCUUUCCCGAAGGUGUUAUUGCACAAUAUGUUAAGGUCUUAACAGAAACUGGAGGUGGAACCUUUUCUUUUGAACUUCUAGGAUGUAAAGGUUCUCGUGUGUGUAACAGUGGUUUUGGUGUGCAAUCUGUUGAUAUCCUUGAUGGCACCUUCACAGUUUCUCCUUCCGUGGAAUAUAUGAUCCUAAAUGAAAAUGGAGACUAUUCGGUAUCAGUAGACUUCAGGAAGCCUGAGACUGUUACAGGAGUUCUGACGCGGGGCUGCCCGCAUUCGACCACCGGCGGUACUUUCACAGUGGAAUACAGUGGGAAUGAUGACAUUUGGAUGAGAGUUUCAGAUCGAAAUGGAAGUCCAAUGGUUUUCAACUUUAACAGUGAUGCAAGUACCACAGAGCUUAGCCGCUUGCCCUACCCUAUAAUAGCUCGAAAUUUCAAGAUGAAUGUUGACUCUUCUUCCUGUUUUCACUUUGAGCCUGUUGGAUGUUAUAGUCCAUUGAUCUGCCGCACGUCACUCACUGAUGUUUCAAAAUACAGAACCAAUAACGGAGUUCUCAAUACAAAUGGCUCUUGCUUUGAUGUUGAUGGUGUUGAUUGGUUUGAGUUUGAUGUCAGUAUUCAGCGUUCCAUCUCUGGUAUCAUCACGAAAAACUUACUGGAUUUCCAAGUGGAAUACAGUCAAGAAAAAUACAAUUGGGUUACACUGCUUAAUGACAAUGGGACAAACAAGACUUUUACAGUUACCAAUCAAGAUAAUAAAACAGCUAAUAUGUUUUAUACGGCUGAUGAUUUUGUGGACACUUUAUAUGCAAGAUAUCUUAGAAUCUUUUCUAGCAAUUGGCCAGAUGGUGAAUUUUGCUUGGAGCUGAUUGGUUGUGAAGGAAAUGGUCUAUUGUUGUUUACAUCGAACACAGACGCCAACAUACCUGUAGAAUUUGCUGUUUAUAAUGAAAUCAGCAGAGUCAAUUUUAGCACUGAAGCAUUUAUACAGACACCUAUUGCCGAUUUCCAAGUCCACCAAACCCCAAUCUUAAAUUUUGAUAGUGGUUAUGAUGUGGAAUUGACAUCAGCCCAUGGAUCGGAUCUUCAUUUGAAUGCAACUUUCAACGACACUGAUCUUGAACAAAGUGAUCUGCAAUUUAACGAUAGCACUAACUCUGGUUUUUGUGAACUUAGAAAUGAAGUGUACCCAACUUUUGGUAAUUUUGUUGUGUCUGUGACAGCUGAAAAUGAAGUUAGUGGGCCUAGAACAGACAACAUUGUAGUACAUAUUCAAGUAGUAAUUCUUGGUCUUAGAAUGGAGCCCACAAUUAACUACUUAUCGACCAAUGAAACUAUGUUUCUGGAUUAUACAUCCAAUGGAACGGAAAUUCUUAUGCUGUUUGAAUUUGGUGAUCAGACAUCUGUAGAGAUAUACCACAAUGUGCUGUUUGGAAACCCUCAAAGGGUUAACCACACCUACAUACGCCCUGAUGUCUAUCUUAUUUAUCUCUAUGCCCAGAAUAACAUCAGCAGCGAAGCCGUCUCAUAUCCUGUAGUAGUAGAAAAUCCAGUUGUUGCUGGAGAGAUCCGGUUGACCCCAAAUUCUCCAGGACGGAUAGAUUCUAUAGGAACUGGCAAUGGGACCCUUGACGUGCAAUAUGAUUUCCUAGGAGAUGUACAUGACUUUCCAACAAAUGCAACUGCUAUGUAUAAUAUCACCGGGAUGGAGACAAAGCAACAGCAUUACAGUCUCAUUUUUGAUGUGAAUACUAAGAGAACCUAUCAUCCUCUUUAUUUACAUACUUAUGGCAUUUACUACAUCGACAUCUUUAUUUCAAACCACAUCAGUUACAUCAACUAUAGCAUUGAGAUUGAGAUGGAACAGCCUAUAGAAAAUCUUGCAAUUUUUACAUCGCACAAGUAUCAGCGAGUCAAUUGGAAUGUCACGUUUCAUGUCAACACUACGUGGGGGUCGCGUGUGACUUUUGUAGUUGAUUUCGGCGACUCGUCAACUUACACAAUAAGUAACCAGUCUUGGUUUGAAGUUAGCCACUCAUACAAUGAUUCUGGGGUCUAUCCUGUUACUGUCUACGCAUCAAAUCUAAUUGGUAAUGUAUCAGCGAGAAUGGCAACAGAUCAAUUUAUUCAGUAUCCUGUAGAUGGUGUGAAGCUUCAUUCUCAGGAAAUUAACCUUCUACCCUUUGUGGGUGUUGUAAGUGGAGUCGUGUUAGUACCUUUUUUUGUUUUUCAGAAUCAGAAUAUUUCUUUACCAACAAACGUCACAUUUAUUGUUUAUUUUAACACUUCAGUUGACAAUCCAAUAAGUAAUGAUAUAGCUUUAGCUGAAGAUGACUGCAUCCUUCCAAGCUCUGUAUUCCAGCUUGAUGGAUUUAAUCUUACGCAGUGCUUCAAUCAAAACUACAGCGUAGAGGGCGACUAUCAUGUGUGUAUUGACAUGUGGAAUGAAGUUUCAAAUGGCACAGAGUGUCGGGACUUCACCAUUCUUGAACAAAUCACUCAAGUAAGGGCUCAUGUGUACUAUAUUGAUGUUAAUGAAAAUGGAAACAAAUCAGAAGAGCCGGCUCAUGAGUUUGAAGGCAAUAUAUAUGUCCCUUUGGAUCGUCAAGUUCUUGUCAAUAUUAGUUACUCGAAUGGAACAGGAAUUACAUAUUAUUGGGAUUUCAAUGAUACUUACAAAGAUAGCAUCAAUGUCACUGAUAUCCCCGAAGCCUUGUAUGAAUACACAUACCCAGGUAUAUAUGAGGUUAUGAUUAACUCGUCAAAUCCGGUAUUUUCAGUUGUAACAAGUGUAAAGAUAGAUGUGCAGGGCGCUAUGAGAAACUUAACAAUCACAGGUCCUGGACCGAAGGAUGAGACACAAAAUGUUGAAUUUACUCUUACGGCAUCCAUAUUUGGAACUAGUGUUUGCUAUCGAUUUGAAUACUUCGAUGUGCAGCAUUGCAACAGCAGUGUUGUAUUUACAGGUGACCAGUAUAUGUGUGAAAUGCAAUAUAAUGUUACUGAAAUAAAAGUUGACCCUGACAUUGACAAGCUUUGGGAGACAGGUUUCAAUGGAAGUUAUGCCUCAUUAUUACAAGUACACAAGUUUAACGAAACAUGCAUACAUAAUGUUUCUAUUAAUGCAUCUAACAUUGUUUCUUACCAGUUUAGAUUUAUACAGCAAAUUAUAACUAAAAAACCAUGUUUCUUUCCCGUUGUAUCAGUAAAGAAACUUAAUUUAUGCAAUGAAAAUUUUAACUGCGACAAAUACGGAAAUCGAGCAUUCAAAUCUGCCGAUGUUAUCAUGGUGUUUUCAGAAGUUACUAUCAGUUGCCAAACAACAAACGUUGCAUAUUACAAUUGGAAACUGAGUGAUGAUAAAGGGCCUUAUAGUUUGCCGGACAAUGUGGUAACAUUUGGCAGCCCACUGCCUGUGCUCAGUAUCCCAAGGGCAAGCUUUGGAAUUAAUUAUGGCACUUACGAAAUAAGCUUGACUGUGAAAAUGGAUGAAGAAUGUGGUCUCGAGACCACCGAUAGUACCCAAAUCACUGUUGAGUCGUCAGACUUACAAGCCCGGAUAAGUGGCGGGUCAUAUCGUACCUUUGGCAACAGUUCUACUUUUGAGAUUGAUGCAUCUGAAGAAACAAUCGACCCUGAUUCGCAAGGUGAAGAAAGCUUUACAAUAAGUUGGUUAUGUCGUCAAAAGAAAUACGUUUACAAUAAUGAAACCAUAUAUACCAAUAUAGAAGAAUUUGCAGACAAAAGAAAUGUAACCAGUAGUGGCAAGGUGAAUCCAGAAUUUGAAUAUGCAAAAAAAAAUAACUCAUGGAACAUCACUAAAGGCUGCUUUUAUAAUGGUACUGAUAAAGCUGGAGGACACCUUACUGAGUUUGAUAAUGAAUUGAAGAUCAGUGUUAAAGUUGAAGAUUUCCAGCCAGGUUUUGACAUGGAAUAUGAAUUUAUGCUAGUAAUUUCACAAGGCGAUCGUGAGGCCACUGCUCGACAAACUAUAUUUGUACAGCAGAAUGAUCCACCAGAUAUCAAAUUGAAGUGUGUUUUAAAUUGUCAGGAGCGAACCAACCCAUCUGGGAGAUUUAGUCUUCAGUCUGUUCUUAAUGUAUCCAAUCCGGAGGCAUAUACAUUUUGGUGGAAUGUGUAUACAGUUAAUGUUACCAGUUAUAAAGAGAUAGGAGUUGAUUAUGAGUCAUUUAGUGCAACAGGCAGAAAUUCAGCCAAUUUUGUCAUCAACAAAAAUUACUUUGAGUCUGGACUAAUCUACAAUGUAGAACUGACUACUUCCUGGCAAGUUGAUUCCAAACAUAGGGCAACAGCCCAAACACGCUGGGAAGUAUCAGCAAAUGAUUUCCCACAAGUUGGUAUAUGUGAUGUAGAACCGCUGGCUGGAUUUGCUGUGAAUACGACAUUCAUGAUCGAGUGCAGUAACUUUACCGAUGUUGAUAAACCCAUACGAUAUGAGUUUAGUGUUAAAUCAAGAAACUCAAGCAUUUGGACUACGAUAUACAGUGGACUAGAGAGUAAGCUUCCAAACCGGACACCUUUACCACAAGGAGAUUUUCCCGAUUAUGAGUUAUUGAUUCGUGUCCGUGCCUAUGAUAAAUACAGAGCAUGCAGUGAAGACCUUAAUAUGACCGUAAACGUGCAGCCAUGGGAUGAUUCUGAGGAGGUAGUUAAUGAGCUGAUUGACAAAGAGGUGGAUGACAUUCGCGAGCUUGUGGGCGGUGGUAACAUCGUAUCAUCUGCCAACAAGGCAACAUCUCUCACCCAACUUUUGAACACAAUGAGUCAAAAUACGACUAGUAAUGAUACUAGUCUUGGUUAUAAAAGCUACAAUGCUACUGAAGAGAGAAUCAAGAAGGAGAAACGCCUUGCUAAACGUAAUGAUAUUAUCGGGUACCUGAAUCAAUUAAACCCCCAAGACCUUGGUGAUUUAGCAAUGAUGACAUCAACCAUAAAUGAGGCUAUAGCAGUUCCAGAUGAAACAUCAUCAGAAGCUAAGAAUACUACGAUAACAAUGGUUGAAAAACUGGCAAUCGUGAUGUCAUCGCAGGCAAAUGAAAUCGUCACAAGUGCAGAUGAUAUUGAAGGGUCUGCAUCCUCUGUUCUUGAGGUCUUAGGUAGUCUUCAAGUGCCACCUACAACUGAUAGCAUUAAUGGUUCAGAAUCUGUCAGCCAGAUUUCGGAGAACAAUAACCGGACACAAAGUGUCAUUGACUCAAUGAUGGAAAAUAUUUUAAACAAAAUGGUGGUUGGUCAGGAGAAUGUGAGGGUUGAUUCUACCGACAUUACGGCAAGUUGCAGCCGGUCAUCAAAAGAUAAUCUUAGAGAAAAAAAAGUAUUUGACCAAGGUGAUGGUAUUUCCAUGACAGUGCCAAAUAUGACCAACUUCUUCAAAGAUUUGACAGAUGAACAAGUAGACAUCCAGGUUAUUGCUCGUAAGAAUAAUCCCUUUCAGUACGAUAACUCAUCCAGUCUUGUAAGCGGUAGAGUCGUCAGUAUGGACAUGCUCAAAAACGGUAGUAGAAUGGAGGUUCAGAACUUGACUGAACGGAUUGAAGUUUUCAUCGUACGAGACACAAUUAAGCCUGCUGUAAAGGAAAAUGAGACUACUGAUGAAGUGAAAAUGUAUGGCAAUACCACUGCACCUGGCUUAGACUUGACUGUCUUGAUCUUCCAAAAUAUUGAACGUGAUAGAUCUUUAUCUGUGAGCCUCACGUCAUUGGGCCAGAAGAACAUGGAAAUUGGACAGAGUUACAACUACACAAUAUUCCUAUACUUAAAGGCAAAUAGUGCCCCAAAAGAAGAUUAUGGUCAGUAUGACAACCUGUGUGUUCUAAGUGGUCAAACAGUGAAACCAUACGAACGGUACUAUGCAAGUGAUGAUGAAGCUUAUCCAAGACCAUGGAACGACACACAUGACUACCUAUCAGAAGUUACAGGUGACACCAACUGUUUCUACAGUAACAGUCUUCUCAACAGUUUGUCAAACAGUUCUUUAACAACUUUUUAUGUGGGUGUACGUCACAAGAUGGGACUCAACAGAACUGUGAAUGGAACAUCGGAUGGCGGUUUUCAACAAAUGCGGUUUGAAGCAACGUUCUUCAUUUCUCAGUGUCUGUACCUAGAUGAGACCUCAGGGGAGUGGCGUUUUGAAGGCUUAGAGGUUGGUCCAGAAAGCACACGAACACGUACACAAUGCUUGUCCGACCAUCUUACUUCAUUUGGUAGCGGUUUUUCGGUGCCAAUGAAUACUGUUAAUCUGGGUCAAUCACCGUUUUCAAGUCUGAAUGAGAAUCCAGUGGUCUUUGUUUUCAUGGUAUGUUGUAUGAUGCUCUACCUGACCGUUAUCUUGUGGGCAAGGAAAGCAGAUCAACGGGAUCUAGUCAUGGCUGGCGUGACACCGUUGAAAGAUAACGAUCCUAGGGACAAGAUCAAAUAUGAGAUAACAGUUUUCACUGGUGUGAAAAAAAGAUCAGGUACUUCUGCAACGGUGUCCUUUAUGAUCAGCGGAGAUGAGGGUGGAAGUGGAAUCCGGGUGUUUCAGGAUGAGAAGCGCAAGAUCUUUGAGAGGGGUGGCAUCGAUACUUUCAUACUAACUACCAAAAGAACACUUGGUCAGUUGAUACACAUUAGAAUAUGGCACAACAAUAAAGGCAAGCAUCCUAGUUGGUUUCUCAGCCGAAUAUCUAUAAAGGAUCUUCAAACAAAUCGUGUCUACUAUUUCAUGCUGGAGAAAUGGCUUGCCGUCGAGGAAGAAGAUGGACAGAUUGAACGCAUUAUUCCAGCUGCUGGUCGUAGUGAAUUGACUAGUUUUGGACUCCUUUUCCACAGUAAGACUCGCAAAAACCUAAAAGAUUCGCAUCUUUGGUUCUCUGUGUUCUUUCGUCCAUCGAAAAGCAAUUUUACUCGAGUCCAGCGUGCAACCUGUUGUCUCUCACUUUUGUUCAGCACCAUGAUGGCAAACAUUAUCUUUUAUGGUGUGGAUAUGAUUAAUACAGGUGGGCCAGUAAUCAAACUGUUCGGUCCAAUUGAGUUCAGCCUAACGCAGGUGGUAACAGGUAUCAUAAGUAGCCUGAUGGUAUUUCCAACAAGUCUCUUCACGGUUCAACUAUUUCGCACUUCUGAACCAAAACCAGAAGGAGCUCGGUUUUUCUGCCGAACUAAAAGAAAGAAGGCAAGAAAGUCAGAGCCUAUUGUCUCAUCAAUCUCAUCAAGUUUGCAAACCGAAACGAAAACGAUAGAGAAACACCAGGACAUGCACGAUUUGCUGCUUGAAAAAGAGAACAUGGCUACACCACCUCCUGAUUCAAGCCGGUCACGGAGUAGAGUCAGCCGGCAUUCAACCGCAUCCAACAACUCUGUACACAUUGAAAUGAAACCAGCUCUGACUGAAAAGAUUGAGGAAUCAAAAGAACAUCUUGUGUUAGGUUACAAAGUAAAGCGAAAGAAGAGAAAGAGAUAUCUUCUGAAUUGGCGGUUCAAGUAUUUUGCUUGGUUCAUUGCUGUUGCUAACAUAGGAGUUGCGUUUUGGUUGACCAUAUCCUAUGCUGCAGCAUUCGGGGCCAAGAAAGCUAACGAAUGGCUUACUUCCAUAGCAAUAGCUUUAUGUCAAGAUGUUCUGGUUUCACAACCUAUAAAGGUUAUCUUGAUUGCUGUCUUCUUCUCGUUGGUCAUCAAAAAUCCAAUCAAAGAAGAUGAUGAUUCUCCACCACCACCUGAGCUUGACGAUGGAGAAGAAUUGUUACAUGAAAGAAUGACAGAGGAAGAGUUGGAAAAUGCCCAAAUGCUUGAGGAAUUUGAAAGGGAACGGGCAGACAUGAUUGCUAGUUCGAUGCCACCGGAUACUGAGGAGAUUGCGGAAGCACGAGAGACCAGAUUCAAAGAAAUUCGCAUGCAUAUAAUUGUUCGUGAAAUUAUUAUAUACAUCUUGUUUCUGUACGUGCUGAUGUUCGUUUCAUUUGGAAACACCGACCACAAUUCCUAUCUUCUUCGUCAGAGCAGUGUUGAAACAUAUGUGAAUGCAGCAUACAAUGGGAAGCUUAAAUUCACCAAGGUAUCAAAGAGAGAACAUUUUUGGAAUUGGACGGACAAUGUUCUACUGCCUAGCCUCUUUCCGGUAAACCUGAGCAACACUUUGUUAGGAGCAGAGUCGAUCCAGUUUGUAGCAGACCAACAAUCAUACCUUAUUGGCGUGCCACAGUUCCGUCAGCUGAGAAUAGAAAAGGACAAGUGUCAUGUGCCUGAUGUGAUGAAACCGCAGUUCAAGCAGGAUUGCCGUGUCCCAUACAGUUACGGAGAUGAAGAAGUUGCAAACUUUCAGCAAGGCUGGAAACCUAUCACAAAUGAAUCCUUGACACCUAACUAUGAUGAAAACAUGGAAAUUGGAUCCUGGAAAUAUCAUUAUUGGUACGACCUGAAAAAGCUUCCGUUCUGGGGAAACGUGGCUUGGUACAGUGGUGGAGGCUACAUUGCUCAGCUUGGCUCGACGCUCGAUGAAGGACUUGCUUUCACCAAUUACUUGAGAGAAACGGACUGGCUAGACCAGUACACAAGAGCUAUCUUCAUCGAGUUUGCUGUCUACAAUCCUGCAAUGGAUUUCUACACUAUCUCAUACCUUAUGGCUGACUUUCUGCCGCAAGGAGGUAUGAUGGGAUAUGUGGACUUUCAAGUGACCAGUCUGAAAACCAUAUACAACCUAAAUUUCAUGGGAUACGUCAUGCUGUCCCUGGAGGCCAUCUUCCUACUGUUUGUUUUAUUCUUUACAUACACGGAACUCAAAAAAUUCUUGAAGCUGCGGAGGAAGUAUUUCAAAGAGAAGGAGAAUAUUGUAGAUUUGAUAACGUUGGCUAUUGCAAUAACCGCCGUAUGUAUGUAUUUCUAUUGUUUGUUUGAGAGCAUGUCACUGAUAUCUGAGCGCGAACAAGCACCAACAGAGUUGCUGAAUUUCCAGUAUGUGGUACAGUGGGAGACAUAUUUUACGUGGAUGAUGAGUUUCGUGCUAUUUGUGUAUACCAUAAAAUUUUUAAAACUCCUCCGGUUUAAUUAUCGGCUGCGGUUGUUCUGCGAAACGGUGAUGUUUUGCUGGUAUGAGGUACUGCUGUUUCUUAUCAUGUUUGGCGUCAUCUUCAUCGCGUACACCUGUUGCGGAUACCUGUUAUUCAGCCAAUCUCUCAUUGAGUACGUUACCAUGGUUACAACUAUGGAAUCAUUGUUUUCAUUCCUGCUUGGUAAAUUUAACUUUGAGUCGUUGGUUGGUGUGGAUAAGAUUCUAGGCCCUUUGUUCUUCAUCAGUUUUGCUCUCAUAUCCAUCUUCAUUCUCAUGAAUAUGUUCCUGACGGUGAUAAUCGAGGCGUUUUGCGUAGUAAAGCAUACAAGUUCAGAAAACAUUAAAAACGAUUUGGAAAUUGUUGACUUUAUGAUAUAUCGCUUCAAACUAUGGACUGGCUUUGCUGAAAAACGAUUGAAGAAACCUGUUAAACCACCUCAAAAAUAUAUUCCAGGAAUCGAUCCAGUACAAGUUGAAUGUGAUGAACUAAAAGACAAGUUAACGUGUAUGGUGGAUAAGUUGAACAUGUUCAUUCGAAAAGAACGUAUUGAGGUACUAGGCCCCGAUUCCUUUCAAAGCGAUGUGCGUAGUAUUUUCACGUCCGAAUAAUUGCUAGCAUUGCAAAGAUGAUCAUGAUUCAAAAUAGUGAUUCUCAGUGUUGUCACGUAACAAUGUAAUGCUAUUUAUGGAUCUUUUAAUGUUCAUGAUGUCCUCGUCUUUUCGUCUUCGUGCAUUUUCUUUUCCAUCAUCUCUUACCUUUGUCGUCCUUUUUCUUCUUUUGCUUUUCUUCUUGCUUUAUCCACCUUUUCUUACAUUCAUUUUCUUUCUCUUUUCUUCCAAGUCUCCAUCCAACCUCUCCAUGCUUUUCCUCCUACACUUCCCUUUUUCUUCUAUUUCAUUAAUUUCCUUAUAAUCAGCUUCUAUACUUUUCCCUUUUUUCUGACACUUUGAUUUUUCCUCUUACCUCUUUGUUCUUUCACGUCCUCGUUUUUUAAAUUUUUCCUUUACACACGCUAUCAUCGCACGAAUUCAGUCCAUCAUAAAUUUAUUUGUUUAUAUAGUUUUGUUCAGAUUAGUGUCAUGAUAGACAAAAUAUCGCUAAGAUUUUGCAACUAUUAACUAUUAUGUCGUAAUCAUUGUUAAAGUGUAUCUCUUAAUAGUAUUAAUAUUUUAUCCAUAAUCGAUGUUUAUUAUUAUUAGGCCUAUACCUACUUCAUAAAAUAUAAUAUACGAACUGACUAUGAAAGAAUUACAUUUCAGUUAAUAUGGAAAUCUCUUUAUGAAGCAGCGAAUGUGUUCCAAAGACAUAGCUUCAAAUAAAUAUUAUGUAAUGCCUCUAGGGUAGGCCUAUUUCAUGAUGUGCUCUAUAUAAGACCGACGGUAUAUAACUUUCGAAUUACUAGUAAGUAAAAUUUAUUCGUAUUUAUUUUAUAUUUCUAAUUCUUACACUAUUAAACUUUUGCAGACUAUUGGAGUUUCAUCUUUUUUUUCUACAUUUUUGUUACUUAACACAGGAUUUAGGUGUUUUAAAGCAGUAACAUGUUCUAUAACAAAUAAAUCAAUACAUUGUAUAGUUUUAUAUCACAUUAUUACUUAAUAAUUAUGUAGAAAAUUGGAAUCGAAUUCGGUUAUGGAUUGGCAACAAUCUGUCAUCAGUACAGAACAGAAAAAUGCAAACGAAACCAAACCUUUUUCUUUCAACACACAGCUCUAUCCCCAUCAUCAGAUAUAUGACAAGUGUGAUAAGUGUGUGGGAAUUGCCCAUUAUGGAAAUGAUGAUAUCAUAUCACAUCCAUGUAUUGGCAUGAUGAUGUCAUAUUAAACCCAUGUAUGGGUAUAAUGAUAACAUAUCACAUGCAUGUGUUAAUUGUAAGGUGUAUAAAAGAAAGAAAUAUUUUGUUAUCUGAAUUACCACCUCAACAAGUUUAGGAAAUAUUUCUAGACCUUUUUAAGUGUUAUUUAAUGUGUCUUAAAUCUGUCUUUUUUUUCUUUGCUGUAUUAAUUGUUUAAUGGUUAAAAUAUUUGUUUUACUGUAGAUUAACAUACUUUUUGUUUUACAAUUAAGUUUUAUGUUUUAAAUUUUGUUUUGUAUUAAGGUAUUUUGGAUGCACCAUAAAACUUGUUUUAUGUUUGCCACUGUUGUAAAAGUGAAGUCCAUUAAAUUGAAAAUUGAAAUUGACGACAGAAUGUAUUUAGCCACGAGAACGCAUCCGUACUCUGCAGUCAGCAUGACCUUAAUUUAAGGAUAGGGAAAUUUUAGUGGUAAAGUAUACAAUGUGCUUUGUUAAUAAACACGGUUACGUCAUAACUAA